GUCAAGAUUUGUCAGUGAAAACCCUUCGCCACUGCAUCCACAAUUUUAUUUUUAAAUUUUAUUUAGGAAAAACAAUAUUAGUUUUAUACCGUGUUCCAAUCAUUUAAUCUGCUUUAAAUAUAAUUUUUGUGGUGCAAUGUUUUAGUUCGCAAAUGCCGGUUUCGAGAAAAUUGGUAUAAUACGCACAUAUCUUCAGCUACCACCAUGUGGAUGGUGUGCGUCCCCGGCUGGGGCGCCAUGAUGGUGGCGGGCACACUCCUACUGUACGGAACCCUGGACGUAGCAUACUUCGCGAGGAUGUUUUACACCGUAGCCAAGGCGAGGUAUUUCAGGAAGAAGAUUUGUAUACUGGACACCACUGAAGUAGAAUCGUGGUGCCUUCUCAACGACAUAGACACCCUACUCUACCACAUGAACAACGCAAGAUACCUCCGAGAAUUGGACUUUGCGAGGGCGGACUACUACGAAAGGACUGGCCUCUACGCCAACAUCAAAGCGGCGGGCGGCGCGGUCCUGCAGGCCGCCACUACCAUCCGCUACAGACGAUACUUGAAGCCUUUUACCAAGUUUACUAUUACUUCUAAGGCAAUCUACUGGGACGAGAAGACAUUUUUCAUGGAGCAUGAGUUCAUCGGACCGGGUGGCUUCGUCCACGCAGUUGCUUUGUGCCGACAAAGGAUCAUUGAUACUUCAGUGGCUGCGAUCGCUGAGUUGCUGCUUCAGCUGCAUUGCGCUGGGACUUGCAAACCUGCGCCGGAAAAGAUGCCAUCUGAGCUGGAACUCUGGGUGCAAAGCAACGAGUUGAGCUCAGCCAAGCUGAGACCAACGCCAGCCGCCCUGCCCUCCCCAGAACCCAACACCCUCAGCUGUGGGGACGUGAAAACCAGCAUGGCUGAGUGAGACACAAUCAACCCGAGCGAAGGCUUGCGGCAUCGGAAAGAGCUUUAAGACUUGUCAUCAUCAUUUAUUGUAUCCCAUAAACCUUCAGGGUCAAAAUAUUGAAUUCCUAAAAUGUUGAACUCUCAUAAUGUUGAGUUUGCAAAAUGUUGUAUUUCGAAGUUGCAAAAUGUUGAAUCCCAAAAUGUUGAAUUCGCAAAAUAUUGAAUUUCAAUUCCCAAAAUGUUGAAUCUCAAAAUAUACGUAAUUUUAACAGAAAAAACGGCCAAGUGCGAGUUGGACUCACAUUCCGAGGGUUCCUUACAAAGUUGAAGGUAUGUAAAUAGUUCUCUAACGAAAAGAUCAACUGGAUUCAGGGACAAACUCAAUUUUUGAGAUAGCUCCUGUCACAAAAACUGACAACUUUGAUAGUAAUUCUUUGAUUCCUUUUUUUUAAUAACAUUUUUAAACAUUUUGCGA